UCAGCGGGGUCAUGGCGGGCGUACAGAGAGCCACACGGCGUCCACGCCUCUGUUUUAUAAUCUGUGUCUCCACCAUUUUACUCCUCAUCCUCUGCAGCCAAGCUUUAAGAGACAGGCGGCAGGAAGAGAGGCGCCGGAGAGACAUCCUGGGCUCCACAGAGAUCCCAGCGGAGCACAUCGACCCGGCUGCCAUCGACCUCACUCCCCUGGUCAAUACUCUAAUAAACACCAGCCAAUCGGGCUCCCGGCAGCUCUUCUCCCUCCUCAGUGUGACGUCCUACAGCUCUCUGGCUCUCCACAAACUCACCCUGCUCGUCUACAACAUUUCUAGCAUUAAAAGUUUAGAAAGCAACACGUUCAGGAGAAGAUUCUGCUACUGUGUCACAAAUGAGACCAACGAUCUAACAGACUUUACGGCCAUCCUGUUGGAUGUGAUGGGAAACUCAACCAGUUACCUGCAUGAGCUCUUUAAAUCUGCCUCCAUCUUAUCGGUGAGCCAGAGGAACAACUCUGAGUGCAUUUACAUCUGUGUGAUGGCAGGUAAGAUGGGCAGAGCGGUGCCGGACCUGUGGGACGUCGGCUCCGUCACGCCGCUCUUCAACCAGACCAUUGUGGAAGGACCACACAGAGUAGGUAACAUCUCCUCCAUUAGACUUCCUGUUGAAUGGCACCAACUGCCCAACAAUCUGAGUCACAUCUCUCCAUCUGGGAUGAGCUCCAUGUUAACCAGCAGAGUCCAAUCCACCGCACAUGUUUCAUCAACAACUAUGGAUGAAACUGCUGCAACAACAGUAAAGAUCACUUCUGCCCAGCUGCUGGCAACAUCUCCGCAACCUGCAACUGCGAUGCCACAAAGUCAAACUACAGCGGACAGACUGGAGACGACGGCACACAGAGUGACAACACAAGCAGUGACGGCAGCAGCUAUGGAAAAAACAACUAUUGCACAACCAAUUACCUCAACGCAACCAAUCACCAUCCUGCAAGUCCCCAAUGCAUCUGUCACAACAGCUGCAGCUCCAACCACAGAAACGUCUUCAUCAACCACAGAAAUGGCUCCACCAACCACGGAAACAGCUCCACCAACCACGGAAACAGCUCCACCAACCACGGAAACAGCUCCACCAACCACGGAAACAGCUCCACCAACCACAGAAACAGCUCCACCAACCACAGAAACGGCUCCACCAACCACAGAAACGGCUCCACCAACCACAGAAACGGCUUCAUCAACCACAGAAACAACUCCAUCAACCACGGAAACAGCUCCAUCAACCACGGAAACAGCUCAACAAACCACAGAAACAACUUCCUUAACCACAGAAACUACAGAAAGAGUUCCACCAACCACAGGAACAGCUCGACAAACCAUAGAAACAACUCGAUCUUCCACAGAAACAACUCAACCUACCACAGUAACAGCUCCAUCAACCACAAAAAGGUCUCCUUCAACCACAGAAACAGCUCCAUCGACCACAGAAAGAGCUCCAUCAAUCACACUAACAGCUCCGUUAAUCACUCCGUUGAGUACAACCCAACUGACCACAGCGUUAACAAACCCCACCACGUCCUCACCAGUUAUUAGUCUGACCCGGUUAACCACAGCUACACACCAGCCAACAACAAAGACCCAGCGCAUGACUUCGACAGUUCACCCCACAAGACUUUCAACUGGGCGUCCCACAGCAGGACCUACGGAGGUUAGAAGGACUACGGGGUCUGUGAGCUGGAGAACCACCACACCCAGCAAGUCUGUGGAAACAGAAAAACCAGGUUGUCCAUGGAGACGGCCUGAGCUCGCCGACAUCCCGCUUUCCGGCGCCACGACGACCGUCGGCGCUCACAAGCUGCAGCCGUGCGUCCUCGAGCUCUGCAAGUUCUUCUCCCAGUGCCUCUGCAGACCCUCCGGCAACAAGACACGCAUGAAAAGAUACUGUGACGACAGCCACCUCUGGUAUGAAAAACACACGUUGGAGGUGUGUCGGCGGGUCCGGAGAGUCUCCUUCUCCAGAAAUCUGAAACAGAGAUGCCUGACAAAGAUGUGCAGCAAACUGUGACCCGAUUGGAGGCAGAGGAGAAACAAAAGAGCCCUUCAUCAUCACGGGAAGUGACUCCAAACUACAGCUGAGUACACUUCUGGAACAUCUGGAGGAUGUAUGGGAACAGAGUCUGGAUGGAAAUCGGAAUCAAGUUU